UAGAGAAGAAGGAUCGCUCAUCAAAGGUGGGAACCAACAACUCAAUUACUCAAAUGGUCUUCGCCCUCAUUCUUUGACCUUUUGUAUCCUCAAAACUUUCUGGAAUUUCCAUCUCAAAGUUCACGGGAUUUCAAUCUUCACAUUUGGAAAACCCUUCCGAAAAUCCCACCCCAAAGUUUGCAGAUUGGUGCUGCUUGAGGUGGCUCACCAUUAAAGGCCAAUCCUUGCAGAUAGGUUUUCCACAGUUGCAUAAAUCUGUGAGUUAAUUUCCACAUUUUCCCUUCUUCUUGAUCAUAUUUAUAUCCCUGUCCCUGUCCUCCUCUGUCCUUGCCUGCCUCAAAUAAAUGCAUGAUGAAGAUCCAAGAACAAUAAGCAGAGGAUUCCUAAUCCCAAAUCUAAGGAUUUCUGUGAUCUCAUCCAAAUCCUCAAUACAAUCUCAUUUCCCAAAAGUCUGUGCCCCUUCCUUCCUCCCAAUCCCACCACCAACCAAAGAACGUUCUUUUAAUCCAAAUUUGCAGACUUUCAUAUAAACCAAGUACCAAUCUCAGAGUCUUGCUCUGUUUUUUUACUGGUGUUUUUUCCGGUGAUGGGUUGCGCAAGCUCGAAAAAAUCUCCGCGGUGCGGCCACUGCCACAACCACUAUUCAUCUCCGGUUACCCGGAGCUACUCAAUGCACGUUCAUCAUCCACCUCAGAACAGAGGAGACAGCUACCAUGUUGUGGCCCUCACCUCCUCCACCUUGGGAUCUCUCAGCAGCAAUAAGAUCGAGUACGAGUUCAAGACCAUUGUCAAUGACAAUAAGGAUCACAUCCACAAGGUGAAGGAGACUUUUGAGGAGGAGAAGGAGAACAAUGUCAAUGGAAGCAAUACGGAAUUCUCGAUGGGUUUGAUUGAGGCGAAGACGUGGUCCAAUAUGAUCAACCAGAAGAUUCCCAAGGUUAUACCCAAAACGCCGACGAGAACGCCGCCGGGAGAGCCGGAGACGAUCAAUGCGUGGGAGUUGAUGGAGGGUCUUGAAGACAUAAGUCCUCUGAGGAAUUCAGGUCAUCAUCUUCGGAGCUUUUCGUUUGAUGUUAUUAAGAGUCCAUGUCCUGUUCCAGUUCCCGUUUGUGUUGAUCGUCCCAAGUCGAGGUUUCACGAGAUUGGUAAUGCCUCACCUAAGCCUAUGUGGCUUCAAUUGGCUGAUAAUGAGAACAUGAACACCAAUGCUGGGAUUCCACAGUUUGAUGCUGAGGUCAUUUCUGGGUUUCGAAAGUCGUUUGGAGAGCUCAAGGUGGAUGAUCCAUUUCAUUUCAGAGAUGGAGAAGAGCUCAGUGAGGAUAUAUCUUUUCACUUUGGUGAUAGGAAAGAAGAAGAGCUCGAUGAUUCGUUUUAUCGCAAGGAUAGAGAAGAAGAGCUCAAGGAGGAUGAGUCCUUUGAUGACUCUUUUCAAUUCUCGGAUGAAACCAAGGAGGCAAGUAGUGGCACUUCAGAUUACAAAUGUGAAGUGUCAUUUGGUAAGGGGAAGGAUAGAGAGAAAGUUAUGCUGUACUUCACUAGUCUUAGAGGGGUGCGAAAGACUUAUGAGGAUUGCUGCCAUGUGAGGGUGAUUCUGAAAGGCAUAGGUGUUCGAGUUGAUGAGCGAGAUGUUUCGAUGCAUUCCGGGUUCAAGGAGGAAUUGAAAGACCUAGUGAGAGAUGGGUGCAGUGGAGUUUCUUUGCCUAAGGUGUUUGUGGGGGAGAAGUACAUUGGUGGAGCUGAAGAGAUUAGGCAAAUGCACGAAGAUGGGAAGCUAGAGAAGUUGCUUGAAUCUUGUGAGAAGUUGAAUGGUGGUGGUGGAGGUGGUGGUGGAGUUUGUGAAGCUUGUGGAGAUAUAAGGUUUGUGCCAUGUGAGACAUGUUCUGGUAGCUGUAAAAUUUACUAUGAAGAUGAUGAAGAUCGAUACGAUGAACAUGAAGGCGAAGAUGUUGAAGAAGAAGAAGAAGAAGCAAUGGAGGGUGAGUGUGGAUUCCAACGCUGCCCAGAUUGUAAUGAAAAUGGCCUGACACGUUGUCCCAUUUGUUGCUACUAGUGUUCUUAGUAUGGCCUAAAACCAGGUACUUAGUUUUGACCCCCUUUUUUGGUGCUUCAUUUUCCUUUGGUUUCCAUCUUUAAUGAGUUGAUUGUUAUACUUGUACAGUAAAGAGUUAUUUUACAUUUUAUAAGAAAUGGAUGAGAGAAAAAAGAAAACUGCACUAGUGAACAAUGAAUAAUGUUCAAGCAUGCAGGUUCCUCAAUAUCUAGUGUCAUGAAAGUUGUAUAAUUGGUUACUUUGUCCUUUUUCCAGAAAACAAAUGAGAAAGGCCUGUAUUGUACAUUUUGUAUGUCUUUUACAAGAAUUCAAA